AUGAAAAUCACAACUACUCUCUUCUCUCUAGCAGCCGCAGCCGCAGUCAUGUUGCCUUCCGCUGUUGUAGCUGCCAAGAAUGCGACAAUCAGUGUAUUAAGCGACAAUGUUUACUUCUUGAGCGAAACAUUGUACCCUAAUUGGGGACAGAAAAUUAGGGCAGAUUUGAUUGCAAAAGCGGACUAUGUCAAGAAUCACGAUGUUGUUGUAAUUCAAGAAUGUUUCGCCAACAAUGCUUGCGACGUCCUUCGUAGUGGCCUUAAUUCUCAAUACCCAUAUCAAACCCCUACUCUUGGACGAAACAAAAAUGGGUGGGAUUCUACUUCAGGCGAAUACUCUUGGGUCUAUCCUGAGAACGGUGGUGUGGCCAUCAUGAGCAAAUGGCCCAUCAAGCAGAAGCAUCAAUUCAUUUUCAGUCAUGGCUGUGGAUGGGAUAAAUUAUCAAAUAAGGGGUUUGUGUAUGCUGUCCUUGAUUACAAAGGGACAAAUAUCCAUGUCUUUGGCACACACACACAAAGUGAUGACAGUCAGUGUGGACAGGGCGAAGCAGCAAGUUACCGUGCCCAAGCCAUGGAUGCCUGGCGUCGCUUCAUCGAUUCCCGCAAUAUCCCCAAAAACGAGUUAGUGAUCAUGGCAGGUGACUUCAACAUUGAUCGCGACACCAAUGAGUUCAAGGAUUUGUUGACACGGUUGGAUGUGCACCAACCCACAACCUACAAGGGUCAUGCUUGGACCUAUGACCCAAAGAACAAUCAGAUUGCACGUUACAAUGAUCCAAAUCAUCCUCAACAGUAUCUUGAUUAUGUCUUUACGGACAAGAGGCAUUUGGCUGUCAGAUCUGCAAUCCAAACAUCGCUCAAUAUCCAAUCUCCACAAUAUCAUCUCCAAGGAGUAGCCUAUAAUGAGUAUAGCGACCACUAUCCUGUCAUAACCGUCAUUGAGGCAGAUCUAGAAACUACACCAUAAGCAAUCCUCCUG